AUGUCGGACGAGAAUCCCACACAUUCGACAAGCUCAGAUCCCCCCAUAUUCGAGAAACUAAGCCUGAAAACUCAAGGCUACUUGCGACAAGCUACAUCCUCCAAAAACAAAGAAGAGAAAGGAGAACCCUCCAAAAUGACGACGGAACAGACUUUUAUUGCAAUCAAGCCCGAUGGCGUGCAGCGCGGCCUCAUUGGUCCUAUAAUCUCUCGAUUUGAGAACCGAGGGUACAAGCUGGUUGCUAUAAAGAUGUGCCAGCCCGGCGAGGCGCACCUGAAAGAACAUUAUUCGGAUCUCAGUGAAAAGCCAUUCUUCAAGGGCCUUGUCACAUGCGCUACCAACCCCUUAGACUCACUACCAGGUACAAUUCGUGGCGACUUUGCCAUUGACGUUGGUCGCAACGUCUGCCAUGGAUCUGAUUCGGUUGAGAAUGCAAAGAAAGAGAUUAAGCUUUGGUUUGCGGAAGCAACGGUGAAAUAUGAUUCCGCUCAGUUUGGCUGGAUUUACGAAAAAGCAUAG